GAUAUGAUAUGUAAUACAGUAGUGUUGUGUGUAUUAAAUGAAACCAAAUAUACAUUUGUUUUGUGAAUCAAUGUCUCAAUUGAUGGUCAAAUAUGGCGACUGAUGGACAUCACCGGCAAAGUUGAUCCCGACUGGAGUGACACCGUCUAAGACAUCGUUUACUGACUAAACGCUUGACUCGAUCCACACUCUGUGACAUAUCAGACGAUAAUUGUGUGUUUAUAUCAAACAAAAGUGACAAUCAAUUGAUUGAUUUAUUUGAUCACUAAUUUUGAAGUGUUGUUUGUGACCACAGUUUCUCAGAUCAAUUGUGGUGAUCAACAGAUUAUCUUUGUUUUAUUGCUCUGUUGAUUAUGAAGUGUUGAAUGACGACAACGACAACAACAAUGUCUUUGAAUGAGAGUAGUCUGGAGAAGAAGUUGUCUCAAGUGACCAAUUCUCAGGACAGCAUUCAAAGUCUGUCGCUUUGGUUACUCCACCACAAGAGUCACUACAAGAGGAUUACAUAUAUUUGGUUCAAUUGUUUCGAAAAGAGCAAAUCAAGCCAUCGGUUAACUCUGUUUUAUUUGGCCAACGAUGUCAUACAACACGCCAAACGUAAAGGUUAUUCACAUUUUGUCGACUAUUUUAUCGAUAGUCUGAAAAAGGCAAUCAUUUUGUGUAAAGACGACAAUAUCAACACAAAUAUUGAUCGUGUCUUCAAUAUAUGGCUCGAAAGAAGUAUUUAUAGUGAGAGUGUUAUCGAAGAGUUUAGGGCACUGUUAUCGGGAUCGAGUGCUCAUUUGGCCGCCAUAUCGAAAAUUGUGGCCGAAUUUAAAUUAUCGGAAUUGAUCGAUAAGAUAAAGAAAUGUAAAAAAUGUGAACAAACAUGCGUUUCGAAAACUGAUGCAUUGAAAGGCAGUAAAGUUGAUCCAACCAGUGGUGAUGUGCUCAACAAAUUGAAAGACAAAACACACGGCGAACAGUUUACUCACGAGUUUGAUGAGUACACAAAAUGUCUGGAGUCUGCUAUCAAUGCACUGGAAAAAGAGGUUCACAUCAGAAAUGAUUUGAUCGAAAAUCUUGAAAAAAGUGAAGUGUUUUACGAGACACAGAUGGAUGAGGCGAAGACAGUUGUCGACGCUUAUAAGAACUUUGGUUUACGAGUUAAAAAUGUUUGGCGCAAACUGGAUGAGAUGCGACCAACCCUUCCCAGUCCACUACCAUCACCACCGAGAGACGCACCGUCGCCUACAAACUCAGAUGAUGGACCAACACUGCCACCGACAGCUACCAUACCAACCACAUCAUCAUCAGCAGCAGUAGAUCCAUUUACCGCCGAAGUGAAUUCGUUUUUAAGGCGUGUGGCCAAUGAUCACAAAAGUGGUCACCAAACGAGUUCACUCGAUCAACGAUUGUCUAAUCUGAUGCACAGUAUAUCGCAAGGAAACGACAUACAAAAGACUCCUCAUUCAACCACUCAUUCAAAUUCAAACCAAAUAAUGCAAAUGUCGACUAAUAUAUCAACUAAUAUGAAUACUACACCACAAAUUAGCACAAGUUAUACCAACAAUACCAACAAUUGGUAUCAAAAUCAGUUGAAUGAUCAAAAUAUAUCAGGUUUUAACAAUGAAACCUAUUAUCAAUCGCACGAUACAAACAUAAAUCACUCGCAAUCCAUGUAUGACUAUAAUUAUCCGCAUUCAAUGCCAGACAUGAAUUUAAUGACACAACAAAACAGUACAGACAUACAGCCUAUUCAGCCAUUAGUUUCAUCGCGAAUCCAACCGGUCUCGACUCUAACAGCGCCACUCAUGCCAUCGAUGCCAACAUUUGAUUAUACAUCAGCUGAAAAUCUAGAGCCGGCAGACAUGGAUUUGGGCAAUUCGGACGAUGAAGAUGUUAGUGGUGGCCAACGAUCACAAACUCAGCGGACUAUUAAAGUGAUUGAAAGUCGACGCAACUCUAAUGAUAUGCAAUUAACUGAUUAUAAUUUACCAAACAAUACGAAUAAUAAUAAUUAUGUUAAUAAUAAUAAUCAUAUGACAAACUCAAAUAAUAGUGUUGUUCCUCCAUAUAUGCCUCAAUAUUCACCACAACUCAAAUCAAUUGCCCGAAUGCCGGUGCGCUCGACACUAAACAGUGUUGUUCAACAGCCGCCAUCUCAUCCAUAUCCUCCGCCAAUGCAAUCGCCACAGCAAUGGCGUGGCCCGCGAUCUACAGUUGUGCCCACACAUAACUUCUCACCGAUGAGCGCACCCAAUCAUCGUAAUCCACACAAUUGGAGAUCUCAUAACAACAACAAUACUAAUAAUAGGAAUGGUAACCGAAAGUCAAGAUAUUGAUGUCCGAUAGUGUUUUGAUUAUAUUAUAUAU